AGGGCGCUCGCUGGUAGCGGACCCGGAGGCGGUUGCGGCGCCGGGGCUCCGUCGCCGGGGUCGAAUCCGAUCGGAAGCCAUGAGCGUGGACAAGGCCGAGCUAUGCGGGUCUCUGCUCACCUGGUUGCAGACGUUCCAGGUUCCGCCCCCCUGCGCCAGCCCCCAAGACUUGAGCAGCGGCCUCGCUAUAGCCUACGUGCUGAACCAGAUAGACCCCUCCUGGUUCAACGAGGCAUGGCUCCAGGGCAUCUCAGACGACCCAGGUCCCAACUGGAGGCUGAAGGUCAGCAACCUGAAGACGAUCUUACAGAGCCUAAUGGAGUACUCCCAGGAUGUUCUGGCGCAUCCUGUGUCCGAAGAGCACCUCCCAGAUGUGAAUCUCAUUGGCAAGUUGUCAGACUCUGCAGAGCUUGGCAAGCUGCUUCAACUGGUGCUGGGCUGUGCUAUCAGUUGUGAGAAAAAGCAGGAGCACAUCCAGAGAAUUAUGACACUGGAGGAAUCGGUUCAGCAUGUGGUGAUGGAAGCCAUCCAGGAGCUCAUGACCAAAGACCCCCCUGACUCCCUGUCGACAGAGACCUAUGGAAACUUUGAUAGCCAGUCCCGCAGGUACUAUUUCCUAAGCGAGGAGGCUGAGGAGGGGGAUGAGCUGCGGCAGCGCUGUCUGGACCUAGAGCGGCAGCUGGUGCUCCUGUCAGAGGAGAAGCAGAGCCUGGCACAGGAGAACAUGGUGCUGCGGGAGCAGGUGGGCCAGCCUGAGGGCAAGGGCGCCUCAGGCCUCACUGCCAAGAAACUGCUGCUGCUGCAGUCCCAGCUGGAGCAGCUGCAGGAGGAGAACUUCAGGCUGGAGAGUGGCAGGGAGGACGAGCGUCUGCGCUGUGCGCAGCUGGAGCGGGAGGUCACAGAGCUGCAACAGCGGAACCAGGCGCUGACCAGCCUGGCCCAGGAGGCACAGGCCCUGAAGGAUGAGAUGGACGAGCUGCGGCAGUCCUCGGAGCGAGCCGGGCAGCUGGAGGCCACACUGAACAGCUGCCGCCGCCGCCUGGGCGAGCUGAGGGAGCUGCGGCGGCAGGUGCGGCAGCUAGAGGAGCGCAACGCGGGCCACGCCGAGCGCACGCGGCAGCUGGAGGACGAUCUGCGCCGGGCGGGCUCGCUGCGCGCCCAGCUUGAGGCGCAGCGGCGGCAGGUGCAGGAAUUGCAGAGCCAGCGGCAGGAGGAGGCCAUGAAGGCCGAGAAAUGGCUAUUCGAGUGUCGCAACCUGGAGGAAAAGUAUGAGUUGGUGAUAAAGGAGAAGGAGCGGCUGUUGGCGGAGCGGGACUCCCUGCGGGAAGCCAACGAGGAGCUGCGCUGCGCCCAGCUGCAGCCGCGGGGGUUGACCCAGGCUGACCCUUCAUUGGAUCCCUCCUCCCCAGCAGUGGAAAACUUAGCAGCGGAGAUCCUGCCUGCAGAGCUCAGGGAGACGCUCCUGCGGCUUCAGCUGGAGAACAAGCGGCUGUGCCAGCAGGAGGCGGCCGACCGCGAGCGGCAGGAGGAGCUGCAGCGCCACCUGGAGGAGGCCAAUCGCGCGCGCCACGGGCUGGAGACGCAGCACCGGCUGAACCAGCAGCAGCUGUCGGAGCUGCGGGCCCAGGUGGAGGACCUGCAGAAAGCCCUGCAGGAGCAGGGGGGCAAGACCGAGGACUCCACCCUGCUGAAGAGGAAGCUGGAGGAACAUUUGCAGAAGCUGCAUGAGGCAGAUCUGGAGCUGCAGCGGAAGCGCGAGUACAUGGAAGAGCUGGAGCCACCAGCCGACAGCAGCACCCGGCGUAUCGAGGAGCUGCAGCACAGCUUGCAGAAGAAGGACGCCGAUUUGAGGGCCAUGGAGGAGCGGUACCGCCGCUACGUGGACAAGGCGCGCACGGUCAUACAGACCCUGGAACCCAAGCAACGGCCACCCGGAGGGGCGCCCCCAGAACUCCACACGCUGAGGACACAGCUCCAGGAGCGGGACGUCCGCAUCCGGCACCUGGAGAUGGACUUUGAGAAGAGUCGAAGUCAGCGGGAGCAGGAAGAAAAGCUGCUCAUCAGUGCCUGGUAUAAUAUGGGCAUGGCCCUGCAGCAGCGAACUGGGGAAGAGCGGGCACCCGCCCAUGCGCAGUCAUUCCUGGCACAGCAGCGGCUGGCCACCAACGCUCGCCGUGGACCCCUGGGACGCCUGGCAUCUCUGAACCUUCGCCCCACCGACAAGCACUGACAGCUAGCCAGGGCUUCAUCCACUCUGGACUCCCCCAGCUCACCUGGCACCCAUCAUCAGGCCUCAGCCAGCUACUUGAGAGCCUUGAUGUCAUGACCUCUGCUCUUUGCUCUCCCAGAUUGUUGGGGGGGGCAGAUGGUGGGUGGCAGGAAUAGACCUGUUCUUUUUAGCAAUGUGAUUCUUAUCCUUGAUUCUCUUCCUGGAAUUAAUGUGUUACCUGGGGAGAGUCUGAUUUUAUAUUUGGGAAAAAUAAUA